AUGGCUCCUCCUAUGGUGACUACCGUGCGAGCAGUCGUUGCGACGGUGGCGGUUCUCACUUUGCUCGUUUGCAGCAUGAGGCUGUACCUGCGCAAAUUUAUCACCCGUGCGUUCGGACUUGAUGACUGCCUUGUUAUCUUGGCUAUGAUCUGUGUCCUGCUGUUUGCUGCCCUCUCAAUCUAUCUCACGUUCUUCGGCAUCGGACGGCACAUGGAUACGGUGCCCGUGGAGCAACUCCCCACGAUGCAAUAUGCGAUCUAUAUCUCCCUCUGCACCUACCUUUUCGUCGCAUCAGCCGUCAAAAUCAGCCUACUCGUCUUCAUCAUGCGUGCAUUCCCGACCAAACUCAUCCGCUGGCUCGGCCUCAGUAUCAUCGGGUUUUUAGUCCUAUUGACGAUUUCAGGCGAGCUGCCGUUGAUUCUGCAGUGCUCUCCCGUUCGUGCAGCAUACGACAAGACGGUUCCAAAUUAUAAGUGUUUUUCCUCCGACACGCUGUUCGAUAUUGAAAUGUACCAAGGCGUCCUCAUGUUCGCCGUGGAUCUUGCCAUCUUCGCGCUUCCGAUCCCAACUAUUUGGAAGCUUCAAAUGCCCCUGCAACGACGGUUGACUAUUAUUGGGUUGUUUGGUCUGGGUGAGUAG